GGUGCAUGGGGUGUUCUCGAGCGAGCUGUCGGAUUUGGCGCCCAGCUGCAGGUUCUGUACAUGGAUGCAUGCAUGCUCAGUGGCCCAAUCCCUGAUGCACUGGGCAAGUGUAUUGCAUUGGAGGAGCUGGGUUUGGACGGCAACCAACUGACAGGUUCUAUCCCAGAGGCACUUGGCGCAUGUAGAGCACUGAGAAGGCUCUACCUGCACAACAACCUGCUGACAGGUCCGAUCCCUGAGGCGCUGGGCCAAUGCACAGUGUUGGAGAAGCUAUCUCUUUUGUCCGGCAACCAACUGACAGGCGAUGUUCCCGCAGCGCUU